AUGAAAAAAAAGAAAGCAUUGGCUUCCCUCCCAUAUCUUGUGUCUAUACUCUUUUUGCCCUGGUGGGUUUCUCUCUCAUUUAAGAAAUGUCUAGAAACUUGGGUUCUUAAUUGGUGGAAUACCAGGCAAUCCGAAAUCCUUUUGAAUGAUAUUCAAGAGAAAAAUGUUCUAGAAAAAUUUAUGGAAUUAGAAGAACUAUUCCUGUUGGACGAGAUGAUAAAGGAGUACUCGGAGACACAUAUGCAAAGGCUUCGUAUAGGAAUGCACAAGGAAACAAUACAAUUGGUCCAAAGACACAAUGAAUCUCAUUUCCAUAUCAUUUUGCAUUUCUCUACAAAUCUAAUCUGUUUCGCUAUUCUAAGUGGUUAUUUUUUUCUGGGUAAUGAAGAACUUUUCAUUCUAAAUUCUUGGAUUCAGGAAUUUCUCUAUAACUUAAGUGAUACAAUCAAAGCUUUUUCGAUUCUUUUAGUUACUGAUUUAUGGAUCGGAUUUCACUCGACCCAUGGUUGGGAACUAAUGAUUGGUUCGAUCUACAACGAUUUUGGAUUGGCUCAGAAUGAUCAGAUUAUAUCUGGUCUUGUUUCCACUUUUCCAGUGAUUCUAGAUACAAUUGUGAAAUAUUGGAUCUUCCAUUUUUUAAAUCGUGUAUCUCCUUCGCUUGUAGUAAUUUAUCAUUCAAUGAAUGAAUAA